UGAACCACGUGAUCGCGAGUCGUGGUCCGGACACGUGUGGAGCCCUUGGGUACAGGGGCUCGGAGGGAAGCGCUGUGGCUGAAGCCUUCCCGCUCGGAUCGAAACAUCGUCUCUGACUAAAGACUUCGUCGUUUACGAUUUGUUUUGUUUUAUGAGGGGGCGGCUCUGGCUGACGACUAUUUGGGUACCAGAGUGCAAUGAUGAAGUACAUCCUGGUAACCGGAGGGGUCAUCUCCGGCAUUGGCAAGGGCAUCAUCGCCAGCAGCGUGGGCACGAUCCUGAAGUCGUGCGGCCUACACGUGACGGCCAUCAAGAUCGACCCUUACAUCAACAUAGACGCGGGCACAUUCUCACCCUAUGAGCACGGUGAAGUGUUCGUGCUGGAUGAUGGGGGAGAGGUGGACUUGGAUCUGGGGAACUAUGAACGCUUCCUUGACAUCCGGCUGACCAAAGAUAACAACCUGACCACUGGCAAGAUCUAUCAGUCUGUCAUCAACAAGGAGAGGAGGGGAGACUACCUGGGCAAAACAGUGCAGGUGGUGCCACACAUCACAGACGCCAUCCAGGAAUGGGUUGUGAAACAGGCAACGGUGCCAGUUGACGACGACGGUGUGGAACCUCAAGUUUGUGUGAUCGAGUUAGGAGGCACCGUGGGAGACAUUGAGAGCAUGCCCUUCAUUGAAGCCUUCAGGCAGUUCCAGUUUAAAGUGAAGAGGGAGAACUUCUGUAACAUCCACGUCAGUCUGGUACCGCAGCCCAGUGCAACAGGAGAGCAAAAGACCAAACCGACACAGAACAGUGUCAGAGAGCUGAGAGGACUGGGUUUGUCCCCUGAUCUGAUCAUGUGUCGCUGUUCCACCGCUCUGGAGAACUCUGUGAAAGAAAAAAUCUCAAUGUUUUGCCACGUAGAACCCAAACAGGUCAUCUGUGUGCAGGACGUGUCGUCCAUCUACCGGGUGCCGUUACUGCUGGAGGAUCAGGGUGUGGUGAGCUACCUGAGCCGGAGGCUGAAUAUGCCCAUAGACGCCAGGCCCAGGAAAAUGCUGACAAAAUGGAAGGAGAUGUCUGACAGGUCAGACAGGCUGCUAGAGCACUGCUCCAUAGCACUGGUCGGCAAGUACACCAAGUUCUCAGACUCCUACGCUUCUGUCAUCAAGGCCCUGGAGCACUCGGCCCUGGCCAUCAGUCACAAACUGGAGGUUAAGUAUAUAGACUCAGCUUGUUUGGAGCCAGGCACUCUGCAGGAGGAGCCAGUGAAAUACCACGAGGCUUGGCAGAAACUCUGCAGCGCCGAUGGAAUCCUGGUUCCAGGAGGUUUUGGUGUCAGAGGAACUGAAGGAAAGAUUCAUGCUAUCAACUGGGCCAGGAUACAGAAGAAACCGUUUCUUGGUGUGUGUCUAGGAAUGCAGUUGGCCGUAUGUGAAUUUGCCAGAAGCACACUUGGCUGGAAAGACGCCAACUCAACAGAAUUUGACCCAGACUCGAAGCAUCCUGUGGUGAUCGAUAUGCCAGAACACAACCCCGGGCAAAUGGGUGGGACAAUGAGACUAGGCAAGAGGCGGACCAUUUUCACGAAUGACACCAGUGUAUUGCGCAAGCUUUAUGGAGACGCAGACUAUGUGGAGGAAAGGCACAGACAUCGCUUUGAGGUCAAUCCUGAGCUGAAGAGUCACUUUGAAGAGAAGGGUUUCCGCUUUGUAGGUCAAGAUGUGGAAGGAGAAAGAAUGGAGGUCAUAGAAUUAGAUGAUCAUCCAUAUUUUAUAGGAGUGCAGUACCACCCAGAGUUCACCUCUCGCCCCAUAAAACCAUCACCUCCUUAUCUUGGUUUGUUGCUGGCUGCUGCCGGAAAGCUGCAGAGUUACUUACAGAAGGGCUGCCGAAUGUCUCCACGGGACACAUAUAGCGACCGGAGUGGCAGCAGCUCACCGGACUCGGACAUAUCGGAACUGAAAAUGCCUUCCAUCUCAAGUGAAUGAUCAACAUGGUCCUGAAGAACUUGUUCACAGCAAUACAAGUCAUUUUUUUUUUGAUUUUGCAGAAACCUUGACUUUUUGGGAGACAUUUUCUGUCAAAGCAGCUGAGAACAAACCCAUUUUGGAUCUGAGCCCAAUAUUUUUUUCAUUUGGCUACAUAGACACUCAGGACAUGACAACUGAUGUUCAUCAUGCUGAUCCAGCCCCACCAUCUUUUUUUUUACCUCCCCUAAUAGCUUUUACUACUGUGGCCUUGUAAUUGUGUACUGUUACCUGAACUACAAACAUUUAAGACUUUGUUAAAGUUCCUUUAUCCCUGAGGCCUGAGACAUUUUUGUCCACUGUCUAAUAAUGCUCAAUAUAAAUCUCAACCCUGUGAUGUACAGUCAAAUUAGGCUAUCAAAUGAAUGUAUUAGUAAUAUGGCCAUAAAUACAAAACUGAAAUGUAAUCUUAAUGUUUCCGUUUUUAAAAUCUUCCAAGCCUUGGUUAUUAGGGUAAACGAUCCAAAACCUAAUGCAAACCAAGUUAUGUACAUUUUUCUGCAAUGACGAGAAUAAACUAAUGAUCCGUCAUGUCA